AUGUGGGGCAGCGGCGUAGCUGACGAUCCGCGUGUUGCUCGUAUGGACAGCCAAGGAGGACAGAAUGCCUGGCACAAUCCCGCUGAGCAACGUGCUGGACGACUGCACAACGAUCCGGAAUCUCAAUCAACUAGCUCCGAGGAAGCUGAUCGCAACGGCACCUGGGGUGAACAUGAUGCAGGCAUCCCCAACGAAGUCAUGGCCAUGGAGGACUACAGAGCUCUGAGGAGAGAGCUCACCAACCGAUCGAGAACCAGCAGACCACAAUCGCUAGGCCGGUCAUCGAGGAGACAUAGCACAGCCACCAAUGCUGUAGAUGAAGAAUCCGUGGUCGGAGGAAACACUGAAGUCCAAGGCAAGGAUGAGGAUGACUUCGAACUCAGCGAUUUCAUGAGACAAGGCCAUCUCGGCCAACGCAAGGGAGACAAAUCAGCCAAGAAGGUUGGUGUGGUAUACAAGAACCUCACUGUCAAGGGUGUUGGCGCUGGCGCAACCUUCGUGCGUACCCUACCUGAUGCCGUCCUGGGCACCUUCGGACCGGACCUCUAUCACAUACUCUCCAGAUUCAUUCCCUUCCUCCGCUCCAAGAACGGCGAGCUGAAAACACUCAUCAACGACUUCUCGGGUGUCGUAAGAGAUGGAGAGAUGAUGCUUGUCCUUGGCCGACCAGGCGCAGGUUGCACAACCUUCCUCAAGGCUAUCGCCAACAACCGCGAAGGUUAUGCCCAAGUUGACGGUGAUGUCUCAUACGGCGGCAUCUCUGCUGAAAAGCAGAGGAAGAUGUACCGCGGUGAAGUCAACUACAACAUGGAGGAUGAUGUCCAUUUUGCCACCCUCAACGUUUGGCAAACAUUCAUGUUCGCUCUUCUGACAAAGACCAAAAAGAAGGCGACAGGGGACAUUCCUCUCAUCGCCGAAGCCCUGAUGAAGAUGUUCGGAAUCAGUCACACGAAGAUGACUCUUGUUGGUGAUGAAUACACAAGAGGUGUCUCAGGAGGUGAGCGAAAGCGUGUAUCGAUCGCGGAAACUCUCGCGUCAAAGAGUACCGUCGUCUGCUGGGACAACUCCACUCGUGGUCUCGAUGCCUCAACAGCUCUGGACUAUGCCAAGUCGCUUCGUAUCAUGACCGACGUCAGCAACAGAACCACGCUGGUAACCCUUUAUCAGGCAGGUCAAGGUAUCUAUGACCUGAUGGAUAAGGUCUUGGUUAUUGAUCAGGGUCGUUGUAUCUUUACUGGUCCUGCUGCAGCUGCUAAGCAGUAUUUCGAGGAUCUAGGAUUCCAAUGUCCUGAGCGCCAAACCACUGCCGACUUCUUGACUGCUAUCACCGAUCCUGUCGAGAGAAAGUUUAGACCGGGUUGUGAGGCUAGUACUCCCAAGACACCUGUAGAGCUGGAACGCGCUUUCCGCGAGUCUUCGUUCUUCACUCGCAACAACCAGGAUAUUGAAACAUACGAACAGCACCUCGAGCAAACCAAUCACGAGGACGCAAAAGAGUUUGAGGAGACUGUUCAGGCUGGUAAAUCGAAGACUGUCACCAAGAAAUCGCCGUAUACCGUCAGUUUUAUCCGCCAAGUACUCGCCUGCACCAAGCGUGAGUUCUGGCUUCUCUGGGGAGACACUACAACCUUGUACACGAAGGUGUUCAUUAUCAUUGCGAACGGUCUUAUCGUUGGUUCUCUUUUCUACGGACAAUCUCUUAACACAGAUGGCGCUUUCUCUCGUGGCGGUUCUCUCUUCUUCUCUAUUCUUUUCCUUGGCUGGCUCCAACUUACCGAACUGAUGAAGGCUGUCAGUGGACGUGCUGUCGUAGCUCGCCAGAAGGAAUACGCUUUCUACCGCCCUUCUGCCGUCAGUGUUGCCCGUGUGGUUGCUGACUUCCCAGUCAUCCUGGUUCAGGUCUGUCUCUUCACCGUCAUCAUGUACUUCAUGACAGGUCUGGAUGUAGAUGCCGGGAAGUUCUGGAUCUACUUCCUCUUCGUCUAUGUCAACACCAUCUGUAUCACUGCUCUUUAUCGAAUGUUCGCUAGUUUGUCGCCAACCAUUGAUGACGCCGUCCGCUUCUCUGGUAUAGCUCUCAAUUUGCUUAUCAUCUACACCGGUUACGUUAUUCCCAAGACUCAGUUGCUCAACAACUACAUCUGGUUUGGUUGGAUCUACUACAUCAACCCUAUCUCAUAUUCGUUCGAGGCUGUGUUGGCCAACGAGUUCUCUGGGCGCACGAUGCAAUGUUCUCCAGAUAACCUGGUCCCUCAAGGCCCUGGAAUUGAUCCUGCAUUCCAAGGAUGUACUCUGACUGGCGCAGCAGUAAAUGCCCAAUCCGUCAGCGGCGCCGACUAUCUCCAGACACAGUACACCUACACCCGCGCUCAUCUAUGGCGCAACUUCGGAGUCGUGAUUGCCUUCACUGUUCUUUACUUGCUGGUCACUAUCGCGGCUACUGAACUCUUCAGCUUCGUUGGCGGUGGCGGCGGUGCUUUGGUCUUCAAGAAAUCGAAAAAGGCAAAGCAGCAGGUCAAGGCAGCUAGCUCUGUGGACGAAGAGAAAGCUGGAUCUGACAGCGACACUGCUGUCGGUGGAUCGACUGGUGAGAAGGAGGAACAAGAAGCCUUGGACUCGAUCGUGAAGAGCGAGAGUAUUUUCACCUGGAGAGAUGUUGAGUACACUGUUCCUUACAAUGGUGGUGAGCGCAAGCUUCUCAACAAGGUCAACGGAUAUGCCAAGCCUGGUCUCAUGAUCGCCCUAAUGGGUGCCUCCGGUGCAGGAAAGACGACCCUCCUCAACACUCUCAGUCAAAGGCAGAAGAUGGGCGUCGUUCAGGGUGAGAUGUUCGUCGAUGGUAGACCUCUUGGAAAGGAGUUCCAGCGUAACACUGGUUUCUGUGAACAGAUGGAUCUUCACGAUGGCACUUCGACUAUCAGAGAAGCACUCGAAUUCUCCGCCAUCCUUCGUCAGGACCGCAAGAUCCCUCGUGCUGAGAAGAUCGCAUAUGUUGACAAUGUCAUUGAUCUGCUGGAGCUCAAUGACAUGCAAGAUGCUAUCAUCUCUUCUCUCGGUGUAGAACAACGCAAGCGUUUGACGAUCGGUGUUGAGCUCGCGGCGAAGCCGAGCUUGCUACUCUUCUUGGAUGAACCUACCAGUGGUCUGGAUUCCCAGAGCGCAUACAGUAUUAUCCGCUUCUUGAAGAAACUCACUGCCGCUGGCCAAGCUAUUGUCUGCACCAUCCAUCAACCUUCGUCUGUCCUCAUUCAGGAGUUCGAUAUGGUUCUCGCGCUCAACCCUGGAGGUAACACAUUUUACUUCGGUCCUAUUGGCGAGAACGGAAAGGAUGUCAUUGAAUACUUCGGCGCUCGAGGUGUGAAAUGUCCUCCUGAGAAGAACGUGGCAGAAUUCCUUCUGGAGACCGCUAUCAAGCCCCGAAAGCGUGCUGAUGGAACCAAGAUUGAUUGGAAUGACGAAUGGGCAAACAGCAAGGAGGCUCAAGCAGUCAUUGAGGAAAUUGAUGGCCUCAAGCGCAUGAGAAGCAAAUCAGUAAGCGAAAAGCAGAAUGAUGACGAUGCUACCGAAUUUGCUGCUCCCGUUUGGCUGCAGACUACCAUGCUCACCAAGAGAGUCUUCACUCAAUACUGGCGCGACCCUUCGUACCUCUACGGUAAGCUUUUCGUCGCAGUCAUCGUCGGUAUCUUCAACGGUUUCACUUUCUGGCAACUCGGAAACUCUAUUCAAGACAUGCAGAACCGCAUGUUCACGGCUUUCUUGAUUCUGACUAUUCCUCCUACCGUUGUCAACGCCGUCGUUCCCAAAUUCUACCAGAACAUGGCUCUCUGGAUGGCUAGAGAAUUGCCAUCGCGUAUCUACGGUUGGUUCGCUUUCAGUACCGCUAUGGUGGUCGCCGAGAUCCCUAUCGCCGUUGUUAGUGCGGUUGUAUACUGGCUCCUGUGGUACUUCCCAUCCGGACUACCUACUGACAGCUCUACUGCUGGUUAUGUCUUCUUCAUGGUGCUGCUCUUUUUCUUCUUUCAAGCAUCGUGGGGACAGUGGAUCUGUGCAUUCGCACCUAGUUUCACUGUUAUCUCGAACGUUCUACCUUUCUUUUUCGUCAUGUUUUCACUGUUCAACGGUGUCGUACGCCCCUACGCCUCUAUCCCCGUCUUCUGGCGCUACUGGAUGUACUACGUCAACCCCUCGACUUACUGGAUUAGCGGUGUCUUGGCCAAAACCCUCGACGGCAUCCGCGUUGAAUGUACUCCAAGCGAGACAGCCAGGUUCAAUGUCCCUGGCGGCCAAACCUGUCAAUCAUACGCUGGCGCUUUUGCAACUUCAGCAGGUGGAUACCUUCUCAACCCCGACGCUACCGCCGAUUGCCAGUACUGCCCUUACGAAUACGCCAACGGCUACCUUGCUUCUCUCAACAUCAAGGCUAGCCAAGCAUGGAGAGAUCUCGGCAUCUUCUGCAUCUUUGUCGUGUCCAACUGGGCUUUGGUAUACUUCUUCAUCUACACUGUGCGCAUUAAGGGCUGGAGCUUUGGCUUUGGACCAUUGUUUGGUGCGUUAGGUAGCAUGGUCGGAGCCAUCAAGAAGCCUUUCAAGAGCAAGAAGAAGGAGUAG